AUGAAACCUGGAACCUCCCGUCCAUCACGCCUCAGACUCAGAGACUCAGACAAGCCCCGACCUCACUCACCACCUCCCUCACUCAGCGCCACCCCUUCUCCAACUCUGCCCCCCCAUCCAUCCCUCAUCAAUGGCGCGCCGCCCACUUCCAAGCUUGUCCAACCUCACCCGCCGUCCGCCGGCGCUCACCCUCCACCUGUCCCCGCCCGCCCACUCGCCAAACGAGGGAAUCGGAGGUGCCUUGGCUGCACUGGUGUGCCCAGAGCUGCACGCAACGGCGGGUGCAGCCAGCUGGAUGCAGCUACGACAUGGAGCGCAAAGGUGAAGAAGCUGUCAGCGAGGUACGCCCUCUCCCAGCAAGCGUGA